AAAUUUCUUGUCUGAACUCCUUUCGCCGUGACGUCAUAUCCCUCUUCUCUUCAGCAAGUACCACGAUGAGUUCGCUCAAGGUACAGAAGCGCCUCGCUUCUGAGGUGUUGAAAUGUGGCAAGAAAAAAGUUUGGUUGGAUCCCAACGAGAUAGGGGAGAUUGGCCAGGCUAAUUCUCGUCAGAACAUCCGCAAAUUGAUUAAGGAUGGUUUGAUCAUCAAGAAGCCCCACAAUGUUCACUCACGGGCCCGUGUCCGCAAGAAUCAAGAAGCUACAUAAAAAGGUCGUCAUAUGGGCUUUGGCAAGAGGAAGGGUACUGCUAAUGCUCGUAUGCCACAAAAGAUCCUCUGGAUUCGCCGUAUGGUUGUCCUGCGUCGCAUGCUGAGAAAGUACCGCGACAAUAAGAAGAUUGACAGGCAUCUGUAUCAUGAGUUGUACAUGAAGGUGAAGGGUAAUGUCUUCAAAAAUAAGCGUGUGCUUAUGGAGUACAUCCACAAGAAGAAGGCCGACAAUGCUCGUGCCAAGAUGCUCAGUGACCAGGCAGAAGCACGCCGAUCCAAGGCAAAGGAAGCCCGUAAGCGCAGACAAGACCGUGUUGCCAUAAGGAAGGCAGAUGCUCUAAAGAGCAAAGAUGAUGCAGAGUAAUGUGUGUACCCUUUAGUAAAGAAAAAAAAAAGGAA